AUGAAUAUUGAAACAACAAAGACAGCAACAACACAACUGUUGAAUGAAUACUACCAAAUCAGCACUCAAGCCAUACCAACACAGAGAGUCAAGUCUGAAUGGCAGGAUGACAACAAACGAGGUUUGUUUUUGGGAAUCAUCCAAGAGGGAGAAACCUCACACAUCACUCGACUGCACAACCUGCUGGCUGCCAACCAAUUUGCAGAGCAGCAGCAGUUCUCAACCAAGAUCCAGUUGGCAGACCCAGAACAUCAUUGUACAUUCAUUGAUGACAUGUUUGGGUAUUACAUACUGCCAUUCCACAAAGACUACAACGAUUCAUCCAGCUGGCACACUCCAGUUUCAUCAAACCCAACAUCAAGAACCAACUCUGCUGAUGAUCUGGACUAUGUUGCAAAAGUGAGUGAGCUACAGCACAAGGACUUGAACAAGGUGGUUGAGAAGAGAGACAGUGUCUGCUUGUUUUGCUGGAAUAAGCUGUCCUUGCAAGGAGCACACAUCAUAUCCCAAAAGAACAUUGGAAUGGCAUACAACGAACCAUCCAUCCUGCUACGAUCUGGUUUGACGCAGAAACAUCAAAUACAGAACGGACUGUUGUUGUGUAUCAAGUGCCAUAGCCAAUUCGGUAAACUAAGGCGAUAUGUCGAUGUAGUGGAUGACAAACUGGUGAUCAAAGUGAUCAAUGAGACGAAUGACUCAACAAGUGACAAACACAAGAAUUGGGAACGAACUGUUAGAGUGCUCAAGUUGAUUCGGUCCUAUAUGCAAGAGAGAUGGACUGACAAUCGACAAGCAGUUGAAUCCAACGAUGAAAUGGCAUUGUAUUUCAUUCACAACAAUCCAACUCGACUACCAAACAGGAACGCACUAGAGUUCCACAAGACAACAUGUCUUAUUUGGCGUAUGGCUGGUGGUGUAGAAUCUGACGAUGAGUAUUGUCCAUAUGAUGAUGACGAUGGCUGUACUCCUGUGGAUUACCGGAGUAAGAGCAUCGAAAAAUGGAUGGACUCAAGUGCUACCUUGAUUAUUGAAAAUGUUCAAUAA